AUUAAUUAAAAUUAUUUAAUUAUUUCAUCAAACAUUUUGUCAAACAUUUAAUUUAACUUUAAAUAUAUAAAACACCGAAAAAUGAGUGACGACGAAGAAGUGGUGGUCACUGAAAAGGAUCAGCUGUUGAAUGAAGAAAUCGGAGAAGAAGAAGAUGAAGAAGAAGACAUAGAGGAAGCAAAAGACGACGACGAGACUCAUGAUAACAACAAAGAAGUAGUUGUUGAAGAAGUUAAAGAAGAAGAAGAAGAGGAAGAAGAAGUGACUUUUCACUCAUUGGGCGUCAAUCAAAUCUUGUGCGAAGCGUGUGAAGCAUUGAAAUGGCAAAAACCGACAAAAAUUCAGAUACAGGCCAUACCUCUUGCCUUGAAAGGUCGUGAUGUGAUCGGAUUGGCCGAAACGGGUUCGGGAAAGACGGGCGCCUUUUCUAUACCGAUACUUCAGGCGUUGUUAGAAACGCCCCAUAAGUUGUUUGGUCUGAUAUUAACCCCCACUCGUGAGUUGGCCUUUCAAAUUAGCGAACAGUUGAUGGCAUUGGGAUCAAGUUUUGGACUUAAAUGCACCACGAUUGUCGGCGGUAUGGAUAUGAUUACACAGUCGAUGAGUUUGGCUAAAAAGCCGCAUAUAAUUGUGGCCACUCCGGGCCGACUGGUCGAUCAUUUGGAAAAUACCAAAGGAUUCAAUUUGAAAAGUCUUAAAUAUCUGGUUCUCGACGAAGCCGACAGAAUUCUCAAUAUGGACUUUGAACAAGAAGUGGACAAACUGUUGAAAGUGAUACCGAAAGACAGACAUACGUACAUGUUUUCGGCAACAAUGACCAAAAAGGUCCAGAAAUUGCAGAGAGCGUCACUUAAAGAUCCCGUACGGGUUGAGGUGUCAUCAAAAUAUCAAACGGUCGAUAGUCUACAACAGUCUUAUCUAUUUAUUCCCGUUAAAUAUAAGGACCUGUAUUUGGUUUAUCUGCUCAACGAAUUAGUUGGCAAUUCAUUUAUGGUCUUCUGUAACACAUGUAAUAAUACUCAACGAAUAGCACUGUUAUUAAGAAAUCUAGGCUUUACGGCCAUACCAUUGCACGGACAGAUGAGUCAGGCCAAACGGCUCGGCUCGUUGAAUAAGUUUAAGUCCAAGAAUCGAUCGAUUUUGAUUGCCACAGAUGUGGCCUCGAGAGGUCUGGAUAUUCCGCACGUCGACGUUGUCGUCAACUUUGAUAUACCGACCCAUAGCAAAGAUUAUAUACAUCGAGUCGGCCGUACGGCCAGAGCUGGCCGCUAUGGUAAGGCUGUAACCUUUGUCAGCCAAUACGAUGUCGAACUAUAUCAACGCAUUGAACACCUGAUUGGCAAAAAGUUGCCAUUGUUUGAGAGCCAAGAGGAAGAGGUGAUGCUUUUGAACGAAAGAGUUACCGAAGCUCAACGUUUUGCCAAAUCGGAAAUGAUUGACGGAGAUAAUAAAAAACGAAAGAGAGGUCGAAAUGAUGAUAACGACGAUACCGAGGAAGCUAUUGGAGUGAAGAACAGAGUCUCGCAAAAGAAAAAACAUAAAAACCUAAAGAAUCGCUAAAUUUUUAGUGUCUUUUAAAUAGCGAAAGAAAAAGUUAUUUUUAAAAUAUUAUAAUUACUGUAUUAUUAUUA